AUGUACGGAUAUAAUGCACAGAAUACAUGUUGCUUGAUAAGACGAAGUAACAGUGCAACUGUACCAAUUGCAAAUGCAGCUAUUCCAACAGUUCGGAAGAUAUCAAAAAAGGCUACUACUAUUGGUGGCAUCAAAGAAUUUCAACAACAGCGUGAAAAUCACGAAGACUAUGAAUCGUCAGUAUCGCAUAGCGAUAGUGAAGAUAGUGAUGCAGAAUUUGCUGUCCAUGAAUGCCUUCGUGAUUUGAUCAAGUCACGAUCGGUUCAAGCAUUUCAAACAAAAUCAAAAUCACUGUUAGAUAAUCGGCCGGUUGAACGAACAAAUAUCCAAUCAGGUAUAUAA